AGCAAAGUCGGAAACUUUCUCGUAUCUUCUCCUUUUCAUUGACGCCACUAACUCCGUCCACCCAACCCUUUUUAUCAUUUUACUGAAAACUAUAUAAGCAACACACGUCACAUGUUAUCCCACGUACUUACGCUCAUGCGUGGUUACCACGCCCCAUUUAGCAUUCACAAAGAUGAUGGGACCCACUGCUUAUGCACGACACGUAUCCAUUCGCGCGUGGAGAAUCCGUCGUUGGAUGCGCUUUUCUUUGCCCUAGUCGUCUGCAAACACGUACUCCUCUCUCUCUACUAUAUCCACCAUGAACCACCACCGUCCGAUCGCCUCCUUUCGAAUUCUUCCAAUCGUCCGAUCUGCCAGUUUAGCAACUGCUCUUUCUAAGGGUUAAAAUGGAACCGAUGGAUAUCGUUGGCAAGACGAAGGAGGAUGCUUCGCUUCCUAAAGCAACUAUGACAAAGAUUAUUAAAGAAAUGUUGCCCCCUGAUGUUCGUGUUGCCCGAGAUACUCAGGAUCUUUUGAUUGAAUGUUGUGUAGAGUUCAUCAAUCUUAUCUCAUCAGAAUCAAAUGAAGUUUGUAAUAGAGAAGAUAAACGAACAAUAGCACCAGAACAUGUACUCAAGGCUUUAGAGGUUCUUGGCUUUGGGGAAUAUAUUGAAGAAGUUUAUGCCGCAUAUGAACAACACAAGCUGGAGACUGUGGACACUGUGAGAGCUGGGAAGUGGAGCAAUAAUGUAGCUGAAAUGACGGAAGAAGAAGCGUUAGCUGCACAACAGAGGAUGUUUGCUGAAGCACGUGCGAGGAUGAAUGGAGUUGUUACAGUUCCACCCAAACAGCAAGACUCAGAAGCGAGUAUGAAUGGAGUUGUUACAGUUCCACCCAAACAGCAAGAUUCAGAAGCGAGGAUGAAUGGAGUUGUUACAGUUCCACCCAAACAGCAAGAUUCAGAAGCGAGGAUGAAUGGAGUUGUUCCAGUUCCGCCCAAACGGCAAGACUCAGAAGCGGAGCAAAAAUUGGAUAGCUAACUUAGGACCUUGUUUUUUAUGUAGGCAAGCACUCUCUUUAGUCGUUUUAGAGGUGGUUUCUCUUCUAUCAUGUACAAAAAGCUCCAGGCACCUUUGCCUUCUUGUGGACUUGAGUUCAAUUUGUACUCUUUUAAUUAUGUCCGUAUGUUCUUUUAUUAGUGAAUUUUCUUCAGAAUGGUC